UGGAAACAAAAGGAUUCUGUAUUUCUAAUACAAAUCAAGCUUAUUAUUCUAAACCAUAAUGGCAGGAAUGUGCCGAUUAUGUGCAUCUUUAAAAUCUAGUUUGAUUAAUAUCAACGCCCAAUCAGAAGAUGAUACCCAAAAGUUGCUGCUAUGCUGUAGAAUUCGUUGGGAAAACGAGAGUCCACUGCCCAAAUCAAUUUGCCAAAUAUGUCAAGAUGAGCUCAAUGCUUCGUAUAAAUUUCUCAAAAAAGUCCAAGAAGCCCAAGAAAAUCUUCGAGCCUUCUUUGGUAUCAUUGAAACUACAAAGCCAGCAGACAAAAGGGACCACGGAAAUCCACCAUUUACUAUAACAGAAGAUAACCAAGGAGCUGUAAGCGACUUUAUAUUACCCGAGAACGCAAAUGUAAAACAGGAACAAUACCCAUAUUAUGAAGAAUUAAUUGAAGGAGAUUUUCAAAGUAUUACGGCAGCAGAGAAUGAUCAGGAUACUAUGGACACUUUAGAGGAGGGGAACCUAUCAGACCAUGGAAAUAUAAGUGAAGGAAAUAUUCGUAAAAGUACCACAAAAAGGACACUUAAAGGCCACGAUAUAUGUAAAUGCAGCGAGCUGUCUUUUAAAAUGGAUGAAAUUAAAGCUCAAAUCGACAUACUCAUUGAUGCCAGCAAUGAACAUAAAACAUUCUUUAGAAGCCAUUUGAAACAAAAUGCAGUCGAAAUAGGUCAACAUUUCCCUGUAGUAUCAGAAGAAAAUCUCUUAGAGUUGAAUGAAACAAUAAAUCCCAACAACAAAGCUGAUUAUGUUAAAGCUAUGCAAUUGCUAUUACAUCCAGCGGGUGUCGGUAAAAACCUCAAAUACAUCUUAAGCUCAAAAGUAACCAUGGAAUAUAACAUUGAUGGUGUUCAUGGCAAGAACAGUCUCAAGAGAUUAAAGAAUUUUUACAAUGCUUUAUUGGAAGCCAUACCUUACCCUCCAAAGCAUACCGCCCCCGCCGAAGAUCAAUUGCGAAAAGCCAUACAAUUGCAAAAGAAACGAGAAUUCAAAGCUUUGUGUACAGCCAGAAGUAAGAAAAAAGAUGCAAGUUCAAAUAAAGUUCGUAGAUAUAACUUUCAGACAAAAAAAGUUAUAUCUAAUCCCAUUGGGGUUGAGGUAAUUGCCCCCAGUAUGGAGCCAUAGAAUAGGUUCACCUUACAAGUUUUUUUUCCUAUAUUUUUAACUUUAUAACUGAGUCUAAGGAUAGCUUUUGCCAUGAGACAAAAGAAAAAGGAUACCAUGAAAUUACCAAGACAGGUUUUGGAAGAUUAUAGACCAUUUUUAUUUUAUUUAUAUCAUUUUGUAUCAAAAUGUUAGCUAUAAGUCAAUUUUUAUCUAAAAAUGUUGAUGUAUAAUACAAAAAUUUCUCUAAAUACCUAUA